UGAAAAUGUAAUGAAGAAAAGAGAUCUAAAAGAAGAAAUGAUCAUUAACCUUUAUUUAAGUACGGGCACAUGUUUAGUAACCAAAUAAAACAUUAAUUCAAAAUUGGCUCACAAAGUGGGGUACAGAAGUGAACACUCAUAAGUCACAAAGAGAGAUUUUAAAAUAAAAAGGCAAUAACAUUUAACUUUAUAUGAAAAUGGAAAUCAAAGGGGGUACUGUGGCCCUUGUAAUUCUAAGGGGCAAAUUGUGGAACAAGACUUUAAUUAACUUCAGAUUUUCACUAUAUAUGGGAAGAAGCACCACCAAAACAUAACAAGUUUCUAAGAGUUUUGAAGGCAAAAAAAAAAGAGCAAGAAAGAAAGAGAAGAUUAUAUAUUACAUAGAAAAAGGGGAGAGAGCAGAUGGAGUGGAGGAAAUGGUACUUGGAUGCAGUUCUUGUUCCAUGUGCUCUACUUACGAUGUUUUGUUACCAUAUCUACUUGUGGUAUAAGGUUCGAACCGAACCUUUCUCUACCAUCGUCGGCACUAAUGCCCGUGCUCGUCGAUCUUGGGUUGCCGCCAUCAUGAAGGACAACGAGAAGAGGAACAUCUUAGCGAUACAAACACUACGAAACACGAUAAUGGGCGCGACGCUAAUGGCCACAACUUGCAUCCUCCUCUGCUCAGGCCUCGCCGCCGUUUUAAGCAGUACUUAUAGUAUCAAGAAGCCUCUAAAUGACGCCGUAUAUGGAGCUCAUGGUGACUUCACAAUGGCAAUUAAAUACGUAACCAUCCUCACAAUCUUUCUCUCCGCCUUCUUUACUCAUUCUCUCUCCAUUCGCUUCAUCGGCCAAGUCAACAUCCUUAUCAACGCUCCUCAAGAACCUUCCUCUGAUGAUUUUGGCGGAAUCGGAAGCUUCGUGACUCCUGAGUAUGUCUCUGAUCUACUAGAGAAAGCUUUCUUGCUUAACACGAUAGGUAAUAGGCUUUUCUACAUGGGCUUGCCUUUGAUGCUAUGGAUCUUUGGGCCUGUGCUUGUGUUCUUGGGUUCUUCGCUGAUGGUUCCCGUUCUUUAUAACCUCGACUUUGUGUUUAUGUUGAGUAAUAAGGAGAAGGGUAAAGUGGAUUGCCAUGAAAGGUUUUGAUGAUCACUGCUCUCCUAAUUAUAUAUUUAUUUUG